UACAAGCCCUCUCAUUUGUUGCUGAGACUGGCUGCUUGUGAGUUGCUGUCGUUCCUUCUCCUCCUCCAACUCACUCCACUGCCCCUGCUGUGGACUUUUGAUUAUUUUGCACCCCUCGUCCUAUUCCCAGACCAACGCUGUUUGCUAACGUGACGGAUAACUCGUUGCAAAGAUGUUCGAGGCUCGCUUGGUGCAGGGCAGCAUCCUGAAAAAGGUGCUGGAGGCCCUGAAGGAUCUGAUCACCGAGGCUUGUUGGGACAUCAGCUCGACCGGCAUCAGCCUGCAGUCCAUGGACAGCUCGCACGUCUCCCUGGUGCAGCUGACUCUCCGCAGCGAUGGCUUCGAUACCUACCGCUGUGACAGAAACCUGGCCAUGGGGGUAAACCUCAGCAGCAUGUCCAAAAUUCUCAAAUGUGCUGGCAAUGAGGACAUCAUCACACUGAGAGCUGAAGACAACGCGGACACACUGGCGCUGGUGUUUGAGUCGCAGAAUCAGGAGAAAGUCUCUGAUUAUGAGAUGAAGCUCAUGGAUUUGGAUGUUGAGCAGCUUGGAAUUCCGGAGCAAGAGUACAGCUGCGUGGUGAAGAUGCCAUCUGGGGAGUUUGCCCGGAUCUGCCGAGAUUUGAGCCAGAUUGGCGAUGCUGUCGUCAUCUCCUGCGCCAAGGAUGGGGUCAAGUUUUCUGCCAGUGGGGAACUGGGAACGGGCAAUGUGAAACUGUCCCAGACCAGCAAUGUCGACAAGGAGGAAGAGGCAGUGACCAUUGAGAUGAAUGAGCCUGUCCAGCUGACCUUUGCCCUGCGGUAUCUGAACUUCUUCACCAAAGCCACUCCCCUCUCCCCAACAGUCACACUCAGCAUGUCUGCAGAUAUUCCUCUGGUGGUGGAAUACAAGAUUGCUGACAUGGGUCACAUCAAAUACUACUUGGCACCCAAGAUUGAGGAUGAGGAGACCUCUUAAGACUGUAUGGUGGAGACUGAGCGUCGGACGGAGGUGGUUGAGAAACAAUCAUCGGAGAUAGCUCUGAAACUUGUGUGGAAGGUUUUCACUGACCUUGCCUCAGUUCCAACAUUGCUCCUUUACAUACGCUUGUCUUCCUGUCCUUUCGAAAGUUUUUGUAGAUAUUUUAUGUAAAUAUGUUGUCCAACAUUAAAUUGCUUUUUGUAAGACGAGGGAAAAGGCAGAAAAUAAAAUGUUUUCAAUGA